CCCAUUCACCAUACAAGCCACAUUUUGCAGGAGUGAUCCUUUCCCCCCCCAGAAAGGACAUCUUAGGGGAGAAAACUGAGUCAAUUCUCAUUGCUGAAUUCUAUGCAAAAUGCGUGAAAUUGUCCAUGUCCAGAUUGGCCAAUGUGGGAAUCAAAUUGGAGCAAAGUUCUGGGAAGUCAUAAGUACUGAGCAUGGAAUCGACAUCACAGGGAAUUACUGUGGUGAUUCGCCGCUGCAAAAGGAAAGGCUUAAUGUGUACUUCAAUGAAGCCUAUUCCAAUAAGUAUGUUCCCCGUGCUGUCCUGGUAGACCUGGAGCCUGGAACAAUGGACAGUGUGCGGUCAAGCAAAAUAGGUCCACUCUUUCGACCUGACAACUUCAUUCAUGGAAAUUCAGGUGCUGGUAACAACUGGGCAAAAGGCCAUUACACUGAAGGAGCUGAGUUGAUUGAAAGUGUCAUGGAUAUUGUGAGGAACGAGUGUGAGGGCUGCGACUGCCUCCAAGGUUUCCAGCUUGCCCACUCUCUUGGCGGUGGAACGGGAUCUGGUAUGGGUACUCUUCUGAUCAACAAGAUCAAAGAGGAAUAUCCAGAUAGGAUCAUGAACACCUUCAGUGUGCUCCCAUCGCCCAAAGUUUCUGACACUGUUGUUGAGCCAUAUAAUGCCAUCUUAUCUGUGCACCAGUUGAUUGAGAACACGGAUGAGACGUUCUGCAUUGAUAACGAAGCUCUAUAUGACAUCUGUUUUAGAACACUGAAGCUCCGCUCUCCAACCUAUGGGGAUCUAAACCAUUUGGUGUCUCUCACUAUGAGUGGCGUCACCACCUCACUCCGGUUUCCUGGCCAGCUCAACGCUGACUUGAGGAAACUGGCUGUUAACAUGGUGCCAUUCCCUCGACUCCACUUCUUCAUGCCAGGCUUUGCUCCAUUAACAGCUCGGGGCAGCCAGGAGUACAGAGCUCUCUCCGUCCCAGAGCUCACUCAACAGAUGUUUGAUGCAAGAAACAUGAUGACAGCCAGCGACCCACGCCAUGGACGAUAUCUGACAGUGGCCUGCAUCUUUCGAGGCCAGAUGUCUACCAGGGAGGUGGAUGAGCAACUGUUGGCUGUGCAGACCAAGAACAGCAGCCACUUUGUGGAAUGGAUUCCCAACAACGUCAAGGUGGCUGUGUGCCACAUUCCACCGCGUGGACUGAAGAUGUCUUCUACCUUCAUAGGGAACAACACGGCCAUACAGGAGAUCUUCAGCAGGAUCUCUGCACAGUUCUCAGCAAUGUUCAGGAGGAAAGCAUUUCUUCAUUGGUAUACUGGCGAAGGAAUGGAUGAAAUGGAGUUCUCAGAAGCAGAAGCCAACACUAACGACUUGGUGUCGGAGUACCAGCAGUAUCAAGAUGCCACAGCAGAUGUAGUAGAAUAUGAGGAAGUAGAAGUAGAAGAGGAGGAAGUCAGUCAGGAAGAAAAGGAAAAUCCUUAAGAACAGUAAUUUACCCUGUAAAGCACCUUACUUCCCAUAGGUUUGCAGGACUCACCUGUUUUCAGAAGGAACGGAAUACAUUUUUGUAUAUUAAACCAAAGAUCAUGGUUCAUUCAAAAGAUAUACGCAUCUGAAGAAAUCCCUCUACAUAUUUCUACACAUUGUCUUCCUGGAUGGAUUUUUUUCAUAUGAUAAAUUAAUUUCAACAUAUAACCAAUCUUAUGAGGAGCAGCCAUGUGAAGAAAGACUCUGUUUAGAUACAAAGUAUUAUCUGUUUAAAAUAAAAGGGGCAGCAAUUUUUUUCACCAGCUGUUUAGCUGACUUGCACAUCUAUUCAUCGGACAGAUUUUCCUGUGAGUCAGCAUUCUAACUAUGAUGGACGCAGAGCAACAGAUUCAAACAAUAGGAAAAAAGAUUCUACGUAAACAUUAGAAAAAUCUUCCUGACAGUAAGGGCUAUUUGACAAUGGAAUACUCUGGCUUUGGAUGUCGGGGUUUCCUUCUCUGAAGGUUCUUUAACAGAGGCUGAAGUGCUUUUAUUGUGUAUUCCUGAAUGAGAUUGGACUGGAUGUUCCUCUGAGUUUAUUCCAAUUCAUUGAUCCUAUAGUUGUGCAACUAAGAAUGAUGCUCUUGAUGAAAUCAAUAGCAGCACAAAACUGUUCUCUAUUUUUGGCAUAUUCUGAAAAGUUACCAGAACGAGAUAUCAGCAGUUUUCCCACUGCCCCAACAAUCUUUUGAAAAGCAAUCAAAACUAUUAACCUUGCCAUACUUUGAACCACUGAAUUUAACAGAUUAUGUAAAGUACUGUACUUCCUUGAGCCUACCUUGACUCACCCUAAUAUUUAACAUAGAAUGAGGAUUCUUUUUUUUUCUUCAAGUGAGGAGCGACUUGAAAAACUGAAAGUCGCUUCUGGUGUGAGAGAAUUGGCUGUCUGCAAGGACGUUGCCUUGCCUUUUACCAUCCUUGUGGGAGGUUUCUCUCAUGUCGCCGCUGUUUCAAACUACUGAAGUCAAAGCUAUGUGUGAACUCCCAGUCCACUUAGAAAAGUAGCAGAGUAAUUGAGAACUUAAGUUAAUCUGAAUAUUUCAAUAGUAAUAAAAUAUUUGUAGGACAUGGAGCUGGUCUAUGUCUUACACACACCUGUUAUUCUAAAAUGCAGGUUUGCUGUUAACAAAAUGAGUUGAGAAUAUCAUUGUUAAAGAUUUUAAGGAAUACCUUAAAUGCGUGAAUUCAUGAGAUGCCUGACUUCUGAAGACUGGUAAUCGUGUGCGCUCAUAUUGUAGUCCUACUGAAUUCUGGGUUUAACUUUCCAGUAGACAUAGAUCAGGUUAUGCUGUACAGUGAUAUGUGUGUAUACUCAUGUAUGAAAAGGGAGUUUCCAACUAUGGGAUUCAAAGGCCAAGAAAUGAAAGAAGAAAUAGGACAUACUUUGCCCAUGUGGUGCUUCCCAAAAUUGUUGGCUCACAGCUUGUGUCUAAUUCUGGGCAUCACAAUUUAAGAGAAGUAUUGACAAGCUGAAAUGUGUCCAGAGGAGGGCAACUAAAAUAAUCAAGGGUCUGUAUGUUUUUACCCUGUUUCCCCUUCCCUU